CAAGCCAAUCGUAUUUGAUUCCCACUUUGACGUCGCACACCAAAAUAGGGUAAUUGAUGCUAGUGGGCGGAGCCUGCGGACCUAGGAGAGCAUCGCGCGUGCGCAGGCCGCGGACCUCGCACCGGAAGUACAGUCCUCCCAUGCCGGCGGGAAGGAAGUGCAUCCGUCCCGGCGGGCGUGGGAAAGAGGUGACACCCGUGGUCGCCAUGACUACCGAGCUUGUGGCAGUAGAGCCGGGGGUGCCUUCGCUCGUGGAUCGUUACUUCACUCGCUGGUACAAGGCUGAUGUCAAAGGAAAACCCUGUGAAGACCACUGUAUACUACAGCACUCUAACCGAAUAUGUGUCAUCACUUUGGCAGGAUCUCAUCCAGUUCUUCAAAGUGGAAAAACAAUUAAAAGCAUUUCCUAUCAAAUCAGUACCAACUGUAGCAGACUUCAGAACAAGGUCUCUGGGAAAUUUAAGCGGGGGGCACAGUUUCUAACAGAACUUGCACCUCUGUGUAAGAUUUACUGCUCAGAUGGAGAAGAAUACACCAUAUCUAGCUGUGUUAGAGGACGGUUGAUGGAAGUGAAUGAAAACAUUCUCCAUAAGCCAUCUAUUCUUCAAGAGAAGCCGUCCACUGAAGGCUACAUUGCAGUUGUGUUGCCCAAAUUUAAAGAAAGUAAGAGCAUAACAGAAGGGUUACUGACACAAAAACAGUAUGAAGAAGUCAUGGUGAAACGCAUUAAUGCCACAACAGCUACAUCAUGAAGAUGGAAGUGGAGUAAAAGCAACACAGAGGUCUUAUCCUUAUCAGGCCCAACUGAUCAGUUCCCUAAAGAAGAACCUGCAUAUGUGAGCCUCUGAAGAGAGACCUGAUCUUAAAACUUAACCUAGUUUUCCCUCUGUCUUGUAUAACAAGCCUCGGUUCCCAUUUUGUCUUCAGCCUCCCAGGUCUGCCUUGCACACAUACUCUCUGUUCUUUUUCUUUCUCUUUCUGACAACUGGCAAGGAAGGGAUGUUUUUUCUGAUUAAAAACAAACAAAACUUUGAGGAAAAUUUGGAAAGAAAAGUUUUAAGUAGCAAAGUGAAAAUAAUUUCCCCAUGAUCCUGUAACCUAUUAGCAGUACUACAUUUUCACAUACCUCUGUGUGAAUGGUAAGGCAUGGUUAUUGUUUUUGUCCCAAUUUUCCAUCAUCUGAAGUUAAGCCAAAAAAAAAAAACCUGGCCUUCCCAAUCUGGCUUCAAUGUGACAGUACCAAAAACUGUAAUCCCACCCCUCCUGUGUCAGCUCCUCUUGCUCCUGAGCUGUAGGGGAGAAGCAGAGUGUACUUUCUCUGCUCCUUAGGCCACUGGGAUGGUCUUCCUCUCUGAAACGGAGUAGAACUGUAACUUGCUUCUUAAAUGAGAGAUGCAUUAAAAGGCUUUGAGAAAAACAAAGGGCUCUCCUAACACAUGGAAGUAUUAUAAUGCAGUGUUACUGGUAAUUGCAAUAAUAGUUACAGGGUAACCAGCAAAAAGUUUCUCAGAAGUUACUAUAAUUCAUAGAUAACAGAUGUCUUUCAAUAGACAAAAGCUUUCUCAUUUAAAAAUAAAAAAUGUGAAUGUAUGGUUUAAUAUUUAUACUUAUUUCCAUUGAAUUUUAAAUAAAAGGUGUGUUAAAAUAGUUUUUUCCUUAAGGGCUGAAACACAUUUAAAUCUGUUUUUAAAUAAAACAGUUAUUUAAUGCAGAAGAAAUUCCAUGUGUAAAUUCCUUUGGCUCUCUAUCCUCUUAUGCUGUCAAAGUCAUGUCAGUCCUCCCUCACCUCCACUUAGAGUUGAAUAAGAGAAUAUUCUCAUUUCAGAUAUAUAAAAGUACUUUGCAAAUAAAACUUAAAAAUUAUUUUUCACUCACAAUAAAAACUUGUAAUUUGA